GAAAUAAAUAAUGAAUGCAAAAAGCGGUGAUAGUUCUAUUGGUUCGUCACCACGUUGCGCAUUUGUAAGCUGUGGCAUCUCUAGAUUCUUGACAUUUCUCUACAGUCUGUUCCUCUUCAAAUUGCUAUUUGCUUCUUUAAUUGCUUUCUUUGGAAUGUGAAAUUCCUCUCUCUGUUCUUCUUAUACCUCCUAUUUUUGGUGUUCUUCGGGGAUUCCUCUUCUCUAAUCUCUCUGCCUUCAUAUCUUCACCGACUAUAAUUUUUCUCUUAUUCCGUCUAUUGUUGCUGUGUUCGCUUCUUUCAUUUGAUGGCGAUCGCCGAUACGCUUGAGAGUACAACCCCCUCGGAUAGCUCUUUAAGCGACUUGGAUGCCAGCCGCUUCCUUCGUAGGAGACCGACUGCUACCACCACCGCUGGAGUUCAGUCCGAUACAAUUUUGAGACCGAACAUUCGUGGGACUGAUACUUCGCCUCCAGAUCAUGCAGUUGAUAAUGGUUUAUCGGCUCCCAAGAGCUUUGAGGAGGACAAGGAGCGAAGUGACCCUGCUGAAAAUCCAAAUCUAAUGGAAAUGGAGAAGGAUCAUGGUGAAAAGGACGAAAGUCGAGACAAAGCCAAUUCUGAUGUUUCUGCUGUGAGAUUUGCUUACAGGCCUUCUGCUCCGGCUCAUAGACUAGUAAAGGAAAGUCCUCUGAGCUCUGAUGCGAUAUUCAGACAGAGCCACGCAGGUCUGUUCAACCUCUGUAUAGUAGUGCUUGUCGCGGUAAACAGCAGACUAAUCAUUGAGAAUCUUAUGAAGUAUGGCUUGUUAAUUCAAACUGGUUUUUGGUUUAGUUCAAGAUCCUUGCGAGACUGGCCACUUCUAAUGUGUUGCCUUUCUCUCCCUGUAUUCCCCCUUUCUGCCUUUCUUGUUGAGAAGCUGGCUUCACAGAAAGAUAUAUCUGAGCCUGUUAUUAUUUUUCUUCAUAUCGUUAUUACCACAGCUGCAGUUCUGUAUCCAGUUUUUAUGAUUCUUAGGUUUGACUCUGCUGUUUUGUCUGGUGUAACCUUGAUGCUCUUUGCAUGCAUUGUCUGGUUGAAAUUGGUUUCAUAUGCCCAUACGAAUCAUGACAUGAGAAAAAUUUCCCGAUCAGUUGAUCAGGGAGAUGUCGUGCCUAGUUCUCUGGAUUCAGACUACCCUCACAAUAUUAGCUUCAAGAGUUUGGUCUACUUUAUGCUUGCACCAACAUUAUGCUAUCAGCCAAGCUACCCACGAACAACACACAUACGAAAGGGUUGGGUAGUUCGACAAUUUAUUAAGUUAAUAAUAUUCACAGGGGUUAUGGGUUUCAUUAUUGAACAGUACAUAAAUCCCAUCGUCAAAAAUUCUCAACACCCUUUGAAGGGUAACCUUUUGUAUGCUACAGAGAGGAUCUUAAAGCUUUCUGUGCCAAAUUUAUAUGUUUGGCUCUGCAUGUUCUACUGCUUUUUCCACCUUUGGUUAAAUAUAUUGGCGGAGCUUCUUUGUUUUGGAGAUCGGGAGUUUUACAAGGACUGGUGGAAUGCCAAAACAGUUGAAGAGUAUUGGAGAAUGUGGAAUAUGCCUGUCCACAAAUGGAUGGUUCGCCACAUCUAUUUUCCAUGCCUAAGGAAUGGGAUACCGAAGAGAUAGAGAUAACGCAUGGGAUACUGAAGAAAAAUGAACACAACUGGAUGGUCUAUUAAGGCUCAGUGAUCUCAGCACCCAAAAGAUGAUUUCAUUUCAUAACUCAAAAUAUUCUGUUAGGUAGAUGCUUUAUUUUGAAAUUUCAUCUUCAAUUAAUCACCAAUUCAUCUACAAUUAUUAAAUAAUAGCACAAGGGUAGGCAACAAAAGUAUUAGAUCUGGCCAAGGAAUUUUGGCAUCUAUACAUCCAAUGUGAUAACAUUCAACAUGAUUCUAAGUGGACGGACUAUAAAUCUUUUUGUUAUAUUGAUUGCUGACAAGUUGAGACUUCUCUUAGCUUUGAACAAUAUAUUGUAAGCUAAUUGUAAACCUGCCACAAUCAACUUAAUGUAAUCUUGUCAUUAUUUGACUUUGUUCAUCUAGUCUUACAAAAUGCUUUGUAUUCUAUCAGUUUCUAAUCACUGAACUCUGAAAAUUUCAUGUGUGAACUGACCAUUAAUUUCAUUAAUUGUUCUAUAAAAAAUUAUUGUAUGAAAUGCUGUAUUUUUU